GCCCGCACGGCCGGGCGGCUCCUGCGUGUUUCCGGCUCCGCUGCGGAAGGCUAGCGAGGGGAGCCGUUGGGCCCGCGCGAACCGUGGGGAGCGCGGGCAUCGCAGAACGCGAGAGCGGAGCUCGGGGCGCAGCACGAUGGGAGGGGAGCAGGAGGAGGAGCGCUUCGACGGCAUGCUGCUGGCCAUGGCGCAGCAGCACGAGGGCGGCGUGCAGGAGCUUGUGAACACCUUCUUCAGCUUCCUUCGACGCAAAACAGACUUUUUCAUUGGAGGAGAAGAGGGGAUGGCAGAGAAGCUGAUCACACAGACUUUCAACCACCACAACCAGCUGGCACAGAAGGCCCGGAGAGAGAAACGAGCUCGGCAGGAGACCGAGCGCAGGGAGAAGGCAGAGCGGGCAGCCAGGCUGGCCAAGGAGGCCAAGGCAGAGACCCCGGGGCCACAGAUCAAGGAGCUGACUGAUGAGGAGGCAGAGCGACUGCAACUGGAGAUUGACCAGAAAAAGGACGCAGAGGAUCAGGAGGCCCAGCUCAAGAACGGCAGCCUUGACUCGCCAGGGAAGCAGGAUGCAGAGGAGGAGGAAGACGAGGAAGAUGAGAAGGACAAGGGAAAGCUGAAGCCCAACCUAGGCAAUGGGGCUGACCUACCCAACUACCGCUGGACCCAGACCCUGUCAGAACUGGAUCUGGCAGUGCCCUUCCGGGUCAGCUUCCGGCUGAAGGGAAAGGAUGUGGUGGUGGACAUUCAGCGGCGGCAUCUCCGGGUGGGCCUUAAAGGACAGCCACCGGUGGUCGAUGGAGAACUCUACAAUGAAGUAAAGGUGGAGGAGAGCUCGUGGCUCAUCGAGGAUGGCAAGGUGGUGACAGUGCAUCUGGAGAAGAUCAAUAAGAUGGAAUGGUGGAACCGUUUGGUUACCAGUGACCCCGAAAUCAAUACCAAGAAGAUUAAUCCUGAGAACUCCAAGCUAUCAGACCUGGACAGUGAGACUCGCAGCAUGGUGGAAAAGAUGAUGUAUGACCAGAGGCAGAAGUCCAUGGGCCUGCCCACCUCUGAUGAGCAGAAGAAACAGGAAAUCCUGAAGAAGUUCAUGGAUCAGCACCCAGAGAUGGAUUUCUCCAAGGCCAAAUUCAACUAGUUCCUGGGUUUACCUUCCUGAACUCUUGCAAUUGAGCCCUUAGCCACUCAACUUCCUUUCCUGGGACCUGGGAACCUUAGGGCUGGGGCAGGCAUGGGACUUCCCAGGCGUGUGAGCUCCAAGGAUUCACUGGAGAAGGGCUGGGUCUUGGGAGUCUUGUCCUUGCCAUUCAUCCUGUUACACAUUAAAACUAUUUACCCUCUUCCA